AUGUUCGGCAGCAUGAGGAAGAAGCACCGGCAGCCAGCACAGCCUCUGACUGCCGCCACCGCAAACCCAAACGCGGCCACCGCCGCCGCUGCCGUCUUUGGGCGCCAGAACUCCAAUGCCUCCCUCUCCUCCGCCGCCGCCGCCGCCGCGUUGCGAUCAAGGCCGACGACGCCGAUCAAUGUCGGCGAGGUCCAGACCAAGCGCACCCAACGCCGAAGCGCAUCCGUCUCCUCACAGAACAGCCAACACGACGCGCGACGAGCUCUUCACAGAACCGCCAGCCAAAGCUCCAUGACGGAACGCACCUUCCGCACGCCCUCGCCCUCGCCACAUCGACCCGUCUCGUCGGGCGCAUACGACUCGCCGCCGCCAGUGCCCGCCAUCCCCGAAGACAUGCGAUCCGACAACGGUAGGAACACUCACAAGAGAGCAACCAGCUUACAGACUCAGCCCUUCCGAGUCGCAAGCCAGAAAAAGCAAGGAGGAGCGGGGUCUUGGUUCGGCGCCGCCACCGAGGGCGCAGCGGUCAAUGUCAGAAAGUCGGAUGCGUUGCUGUCGCGAACUCAGCCCUCUGAAUCUCGACCAGGAGCCGUAAGCCCAACUUCUUCUAUCAAUUUCUCUCGUCCAAGAGCCUUGCAGGCCGGCUCACCGCCCGCCUCGCCCAUCUUCGAAAGAAUGCCCUCAGUGACACACAGCCAGCGAUAUGUUGCUCCCCAGCGAGCCCAGUCCGUCACCUCGACGCACUCGUCCGUCGCCUCCGACCAGUCGUUGGUCUACGACCCCAACUCGAGACGGAUGGUGCCCAAGGCCGAUUUGCUGGCAAGGGAGUACGACAUCGAGCCGAGCGAGAAGCCAGCCAAGAGGAAAAAGAAGCUGCAGCAGCAGUUGCCGCUGGGCAGGAGCGGGUCUCAUCUUGCGCAGGGAACAGUCGCGAGAGCCAGAGGUACUGCAGUUGAAGGUGAGAAUCGCACGUUCAGACACGUUCACAGCCACAGACACAGGCACAGAUCCAACCAGAAGGUUGAGACCAAAGCCAGCCCCAACUCGUCGUCCGAACCAGCCUCAGUCGCAACGAUUGUCCGGCCCGAGAGUCCAGAACCCAAGACCCGUCAACGCCACCCGCAGACGGAGCAACCGGCCCCGAUCAUGACAGCCGCAGUCGCGGCCGCCGUGGCGUCAGGGACAGGCCCUCGAACGCCGGAGCCUCCUCACGCGCAGGCUCCGACCACAGCCGAUCGCACGGGUCACGUCAGCAACGGCACCUCUGCUCCAGUCCAGGCUCAGCAGACGGACAGUGCGCCACCCAGCGGCAGGGGCGAGCUUGAAGACGAGGAGUCUUCCGAAGAAGAUGAGGAGGAGGAGGGGGAGGAGGAGGAGGAGGAUCUCGUUGAUGGAGCUACCGCUCACACUGAAUCAGAACCCUACGGCGCUGAGGCUGUGCCCCACGGCAGCGUGCGAAGCCUCCGCGAGCAUUCAAACAGCCCGGUGCGGAAUGCGCGCUUUGCGCUGCGAACUGACCAACUUGUAGUCAAACACGAGCCUCCUGCGAGGUCCGUGUCGCCCCGAAAGUCGGCUCUGAAGAACUCGUCGAGUCCAUCGCGAGGUGCCUCGCCGUCAGAAGAUGGUUCAGAUCUGGGUCUGGAGCACUACGCAAGCCACCAGGACGAUCUGCCUUCCAAUCGGAAGAAGAGCGUACGCGUCAGCUUUGACGAGCACAGUACGCAAGUGAUUGGCGAGUCUGCCCAGGAGCAACAUGCAGAUUCACCUGUCGUGCCGAGCCCUCAAACAGCACGACGACCAUGGUACAGCAACAUUGGCCGCAACAAGAAAAAGGACUCGGUAGCUCUGGACGUCGACGAAGUCAUGCACCCGCGUCCCGCCCUGCCGUCUUUUGGGAGCGUUCGGGACAAGAAGCCGAAAGAGACUGAAGAGGAGCGUCCGCUCGUGCGGCCUGUCGAGUCUGAGCAUUCGCCCGCCAUCUCCGCCUCGCCAGCCGCUCUUCCUUCAUCGCCCGACGAUGAGGAAAUUGAUGACCCCAUUGGCCAUUCCACCGACGGCAACCUGGCCUCCAUUUUGACCCGAGAGAAUGCGGCGAGGAACGAAGCAAACAUCUCAAAGUUCAGAGAACCGUUGCCUCCUGUUGUAACCUCUCUGGAAGGAACCGGAUAUCACUCCCCCAGCUCUUCCAGCAGCGACGACGAGGACGGCGAGGGGUCGCCUCCUACGCAAGAGACAUUCCUAGAGCCCAUCGCAGAGGCUCCGUCGGAGCCAGCAUUGAACCCCCUGGACAAGACGAAGGAGAAGGAAACACUUGUCGAUAAUGCCGAACGCACCAACGUGGGUGCUACUGGCGCAACGCAUUUGCAGGUAGAUACGGGUCGCGACUCGCCACAGGACGCUGUUCCUGUCAUCGCCAUCAUCGAGCCCAGCCCAGGUCUCCAGGAACCCAGCGUGGGCAGCGCAGGCGCAGGUUACUUUGACGUUCCUGGCGGGUUCCCAGAGGACGACAGCGAUGGCAAUAACAUAUCAAGGCCUGCCGCUGUGCCCACUAGGCGUGAGGCAGAAGCCAAGACGGCUGUUGCUCCUAUCCAGAUCCCAACGAGUUCCACGGACCCAAGCGCCGACAAUCUCGAGGCCUCUCCGCCGAACACGCCCACCGCCCGGGCUCCCGGUGUCUCCACCAUCAACGAGGAAACCGAAUCGUCUGGCAGCAGUAUCUACAGCGAUGCUUACGAAGAUUUAUCAGACGCCGAAGGCGACGGCUUCUUAUCCCUAGAUGCUGUCUUGACAACGCCCGUUUCCCAAAAGGUUUCGAAAAGACUAUUCGAAAAGGCAUUGCUCGAGCGUGAGGCUCAGGAAGAGGCUGGUGUCGAGGCCGACGAAGAACAAAGUUGCGCAUCCCAAGAAGACAAAGAAGAAAGAGGUCUUCACGCGCCUCUCAGGUGUCCAAGCCCCACCGAGCAAGACCCGGAACAGGAGGCAGUGCAGCAGCGUCACGGCGAUGCCGAGCGCAACUAUCAAAUCAAGCCAGGAACAAAAUACGCAUCGCAGGACGACGCUGGGGUGCCCUCGAUGCGCCAAUCUCUGCGAGGCACCGAGUCGUCGCAGCAGGGAUCUGGUGUCGGUGGCUCAAGGCUUAAGAAAUCGAUGAGAGCUUCACAACCCGCUGCGACAAAUAUACCGGAACCCACCAUGCGUCGGGCGCUGCGCGCAGAUCCGCCCGAGACGAAUGGUGCGCACAGCCGCAAGGCUGCUUCACAGGAGGUGGCCCAGAGCAACGGCAACAUGCGCAAGUCUAUGAGACAGAAUGGCAACUCGCAACCUAGCAUCGGCCAACAGCCCGAACCGGCAGCCAGGAAGACUGGACGUCCCCUCAGUCUGCAGCAAGCUCCCACGCCUCGGGAUACGGGCCGGAAUCACAAGAGACAGUCAUCAGUCGACUCUCCAGCCGCCGCUGCUGCUCUGGCCACCCGCACAGCCCAGCCUUCGCCGUCGUGCGAGUCGGUCGACAGAGGCUCUUCUCGUAUGCAUAUGCCCUCCUUUGGGCGAUCAUCGGGAAAGAAGGUUGCGGAGAAGAAGAACAAGAACCGCUACGGAGACUCGAGUGACGAAGACGCUGCAAGGCCGUCCACUUUCCGUAGCCGCUUCGCUGACUCGAGCGACGAGGACGAGCCGUCCGCGCCGCCACCUGCCGCCGGCAAGAUGCCGAAGAGUCUACGAAAUGGCGGUGGCGCCUCGAGCUCGGCUGCCGCAGCUGCCAUGAACCUGCCGACAACUCGUCAGAGACAGGAUGCGGCGGAGUUCUCAGAGGAACUCUCUGACAGCAGCGACGAGGACCAGGCACCACCGCAACGAACGCCCAGCGGCAGGCUCGUCAGGGCGAACUCGGAGGGUCGUGGUCUCCAACGCAAACGAUCUGGUCGCGGCGAACUGAUGGAGUCUGCGACAACACCAGCAGUCAACAGCACCGAGUCGGCCACUCGGCCUGGGCACACUCGGCGGGGGAGUUUCUUCUCCGUUCUCCGCCGAAGAAAAGACAAGGAUGGUGCAGGCAAAAUCUCGCGGCCGGAACCGAGAGAGAGUGCUGCUAGGCAAGGCACGAAACUCGAACGGAGCAACAGCGAGAUCUCGGCGCUCCGUGUCAACAACUCAUCGCCGCGCCUGCAAAAGAGGCAGCCGGCGAACUGGCCCCUCCCCGAUACCACCGCACGACCGGCCACCUCUGGUGGUCCCGCCACGGGAGACUCCGCUCCGCAGCCACCAUUCAUGAAGCGUCGUAGCAUCAGCCACACCUUUGGCGCGAGCAACAACCAUCAUUUGCAGCAGCAGGAGGAGCUGAACGGGAACGUCACCCCAGACCUGGACGAGCAGUCCCAGGCGGGCGGGUCUGUAAUGAAGAAGAAGAAGUUUGGCAAGCUGAGGAGGAUGUUUGGACUGAACGACUAG